GCGGGGAACGGGUGCGCAGAGGGGCGGACUACAGCUCCCAGCAUGUAGAGGGGUGGCUCCCCCGCCCUCCUGCGGAGCAGCGGCGGCAGCGAGCAGGUGCUCCUCCGCGGUGCCCUCUGGGAGUUGUAGCUUCGGGGCGGCUGAGGCGUGCUCAGCGGGUCCCAUCCCCGGCGACCGACGGGGAUGCUCGGUGCCUGUGAAGGAGCGGGCGUGAGCUGCUUCCCCUGCCCGAACUUAGUGCUAGAAGUUGAUAUUUUCUUUGUGGAGCUUUGAAAGCAGAUACAUGCUAUGGAAAGCAGAAUGUCAGAAGACACUGAAAGAAUUGAAAAAGAAAUAGAAAUUGAAUUAGGCAGAAUCAGUGUUUCUUCCUUUGAAGCAGAUGAUCCUAACACAGAGGUACCAGAGGAAGCUUUGAGUGACACUGAGACAAUUUCAGAUGACUUGCCAGAAUUGAUUGUCUCCUACUUAGACUUCAUAAAAAACAGAAAUCAAGAUGCUGAAAAGGUUAUACUGCAAGACUUAGAAGAUGAUGAAACUACAGGUAACAAUUAUGAAGUAGUUCCUCGCCGUGCUUCAGAUCACUUGUCAGAAUUGGCUUCUGAAUAUAACGAAGAUCUCGAAAAAAAUGAAAAAAGGGUACUAUUUGAAAUUGAAAAUGAAGAUUUGCAGAUUGCUACAACACCUAGGUAUAGCAGUCAGUCCACCAAUGAAGAAGUGGUCACUGAUGACCAUUUUGUUGCAGCUGAUGUUGAACUGAGCAUAAGCCUUACUUAUCCUGAAAUAGAAGAAAAAUGUAGACAAGAAUUUGAGCAGUGGGAGAAAAGACAAACUGAGCUUGAAGAUGAGAAGGGGAAAAAGUGGAAAGCUGAGAGGGAAGCACAGGAAAAAGAGAAUGAAGAAGAACAUGCCAGAAGGGUGCAGCGUCUGGAGGAAUUUGAGGCUGAAAGAAUGGAGUUAGAGCUUCUGCACAAGAAACAACAAACUGUGAUGGAAGAUGAGUUACAGAAGGAAAAGAAAGCUUGGAGAGACAAAAUGAUGCAACAUGAGGAAUUGAUCAUGAAGCUACAGUUGCAAAUGGAAGAGGAGAAAAAGGCCUCUGAAGAGCAUAAAGAAAAAGAAAGAAAAAGCCUGGCAGAACAAAGGAAUACAGCGGCUGUGAAAAUCCAGGCUAGAUUCAGAACACUUUUAGUCCGUAAAAAAUAUGUUCCUAUCUUAAAAGAAUGGAAAGAUAAAAUACAAAAGGCAAAGAAAGCACAAGAAGAAAAUGAGAGAGAAAUUAAGGUAAAAGAGGAAAAAAUGAAAAGGCGAAUGGAAGAAAGGAGUCAAAAAAAAGAAGAGGAAAAAAGGAGGCAAGGAGAACUAGAAAGAGAGAAAUAUUUGGAACAAGUAAGGAGGCGUGAGGAAUAUGAGAAAAAGAAAGCAAGCCUGAGACUUGAAAGAGAAAAACAGCUGCAAAUAAGAAGAGAAGAACAGAGAAGAUCAAGAGAAAAAAUAGCAAAAGCUAUGAUGACUGAAACUGGAGAAGACAACAAAGAAAGCAUAAAAGAGGAACAGACAGAAAAUAGGCAAGUAAUAAUAAAAGAGAAAAAGGAACUAAAAAAGCAAAUAGAGGAACAAAAAGUAAAACCUUCUGAAUUGAUGGAUGAAACAAAUAAUUGGAUGAUUCCUACAGAAGGAAAAUUGACACCAACAAAUAUGCUAAGCUCUGAGAAGAAGGAAGACUCUUCUCAAGUAAAUAAUGAAAACAUAUAUAUGAAUUCAGUAAUAUGCAUGGAAGAAAAUUACUCACAAACUAGAGAACUUAAUAAAGCUUCAGGUGCGAAUACUUCGAAGCAUGAAUCUGUUGAUUUUGGAGCUACUGAUGUGGUAGAAAAUACAGCAAAUGAUAUACGCAGCAGUCCAUCAAAUAUCCAGUCAAAUGCUGGUAAUAGAGAAGUCAAAGAUAAAUUUUAUCAGUCUGGAACAACAAAGAAAUCUGUGUUUCUAGUGGAAGAUGCUAAUAAGGAAGUCAGGGAGAACUGGGACACAAUUCAAGUGGCCACUGAUCAUUCCAAUAAACUAAUUCUGCCUGAUGAUAUUGAAAAAAAGAGAAUAAACUGGAUGAACACGUGUAAAUCAUGGUCUAAAAUAUAUGAGGAAAACAAAAGAAAGAAGUCAAAUAUUAAAAAACGACCAAGGAAAACUUCAGUUAGCAAGAUGCCUCCAUUAAGUAUACAAAAGAUAAUGCAUAGUGGCCCUUGGAGUACUCUGCAGCAGGUCACAGAACUAACACUUGAGGAUUUGCCAGCUUGUAGCCUCUCAACAUUGUCUGAGUGUUCAAAUAUUCAAGUUUUAACUCUGAGACGCUGUGGGCUAGUUGCACUGGACGGACUAGGUAGCUGCAAAGACCUGAAGUAUAUCAACGUGGAGGAAAACAGCAUUGAGAUGAUUGACUGUGAAAAUCUAGAAAAUCUCUGUAUUCUGAUUCUGAAUAAGAACCGUAUUUCAUCAGUUUGUGGCUUAGAUGGCUGCAUAAAUCUCCAAAAUCUUGAACUUUCCUACAAUAGAAUCACUCGAAUUGGUGGUUUGGAGUCACUGAAAAACCUUCAGCAAUUAAAUGUGGAUCAUAAUCAAUUAAUUAGCACAAAAGGUCUUUGUGAAGCACCUACUCUCAUACACCUAGACUGCUCUUUUAAUCAUCUCACACAAAUUGAAGGCAUUGAGAGUUGCGGACUACUUCAAAUUCUGAAGUUACAAGGCAAUAACCUACAGGAGCUUCCAAGGCUGGAAAAUCAUGUUCUGCUAAGAGAACUAUAUUUGGAUGACAAUAGCAUUUCUGCUAUGAAAAUACUUUCUUUGUAUUGGUUGCCUCUGUUGCAGAUUGUUUCACUGUCUCAAAAUAGUCUAACUGAGCUUGUGCCUUUAAAUUCAUUUGUGUCUUUGGAAAAGCUGGACAUCAAAAAUAACUGCUUGUCAGACCUUAAAAGUGUCAUUGCAUGGUUAAGUGGCUGCAAUAACCUAAGGGAGUUGUCGCUCAGUGGAAAUCCUCUCCUCCAAGAAAGGAAUUGCAAGCCUUCCCUAUGCAAGGAACUUCCUAGUUUACAAUUUCUUGAUGGUGAAAACUUAAACUAUCAUACUUUACCCACAACUGAAAGAAUCAAAAGAUCAGAAUCAAGAACUUUUCUGGAACUUUGUCAAGUUCAAAUUGAAGAAAAUGUUAUACUGAAAAACAAGGCUGUAGAACUCAGAAUUGCCUCUUCCAUUGAUGCUGCACAGAGAAAAUGCUGGUAUUUUGAUCAGUUGAUGAAACUUAGCAUUGAACAUCGAUGUGCGCAUGAGUAUGGUGAACUAAACAUUACUGACAGAGAUAGACCAGAAGCACUGCAAAAUCAUUUAAAGCAAACAUCCACUGGCUGCCUACAGGAAAAUAACCUCUUUAUCAUGGGUGCGACAGAAAAUAAACAGGUCUUGUUGGAUCCUUCUGAAAGAUGGAUUACUCCUGGCCAUAUUAAGGCCACAUUCAUUAACUCCUCCAUACCUGUGCACCAAAAGGAAAAUAAAGAAGAUCAUAGAGUGAAGCAGAAGAACACUGAAUCUUGUAUUAAUUACAGUGAGGAGAGCAAAGGCAACAAUAACAUGUCAGCCCAGCUCACAUUGCAACAGUCAGUUAUAUCAAGUAAUGUGGGAAGAGAUCUUCAGCAUUUUGGUAAUGAUACAGAAAGGCUGCAUAUGGCAGCAUCAGCGAUCCAGUCCCUUUGGAAGAAGUACCAUGCCAGGAGGAAAACUAACUGCACCAAAACAAGGAAUGAUCAUUUUACAGAGGUUUCAAGAUGGAAGAAUGAAGCUGCCACACUAAUCCAGGCAUCUUGGAAGGGCUUUCUUUUGCGAAGGAAACUGGCCAGUGCUCUUGCAGCUGUUAAAAGUGAUGAAGUGGAGGAUGAAUAUGAAGAAAUAAAUGUGGAUGAUUUCAUGUUUUAUGAAGCUGCAUUAGAAAAGGAAUGGCUAACUCUAGAUUCCACCCGUUUCCCUUCAAAAACACUCCUGUUCUCAAACCAGCUGCACUGGCCAAAGUAUUCUAGGCCCUUAAAUUCCAGUGAACAUUCAAAUAGUUUGCAGUUGUCACCACAAGCACUUUGGCAGUGUGUUGACAGACCACAUUUAUAUUCACCAGAAAAUCUCCACUUUCAUAGAAGUUCAGAGAAGGGAACAGUGUCACAGCUCUUUGACUUGAAAGAAAAAAAGAAAUUUUCAUUCAGGUCUGGAAAAGAAGAAAAAAUUUCAGAAGAAUGGGGUUUUAAAGACAUUUCUACUGCACAGCUAAUGCUGAAGAGGGCUCAUAAAAUGAAGCCCAGAAAGUACAGUAAUAAAAAAGUAGACCCAGCUGUGCGCCUGGCGUUGUUCAAAAACAAUGAAAAUAAACGUCUCCAUGUGAAACCACCAAGGAAGACAUGGCCUGCAAAUGCUGGUUACUUUGAAGGUGAAAAAGAAGAAUUUUCUCAGCUGGAUACUACUUUAGAUGAGAAAUUACAAAGGAGAAAAGACUUUACAUACCAAUGGCUUCAUACACAGCUUUCGGAUUAUGAAACAGCCAGUUCAAAAAAUACUAAGAGCUGUUCUUUUUUUCCUGAGUUGGAUCCUGUGGCCCACAACAGUGGACAAGUACAACUUGUGGCAAGCCCUGUAAGCAGAGAAGACACGGAUUUAGAUCUUGUUUCCAUGGCCAGUGGAAGUGCUUUGACUAAGAGCAGAGAAAAAAAUAAGCAGCCACACAGACACUCAGCAAGAUCUUCAAAAAAGAAUAUAUCUACACCAGAAAAAUCACAUCUGGGUCCAUCCUGUAGAGAACGGAUAUCAUUUCGAGACCAUCCAGUGCAGCUCAGCGGAGGAUGGGGAACAGGAAAAAAGAGGCAAAAGGUUAAAAAUGUUAGUUGA